AUGCUCCGUACAGUACCGCGCUCCGUCGUGCGCCAGAGCCGAUCAUUAAGGGUAGCGAGCCCAUCGCGACAACUCCUCCGUCCGCUCUCCACCACCGUGUACCGCAUGUCGAGCUCCGUGCUGAAGCCCGUGGACCCCCCAGUGUCGACAGCCCUGCCAGGAGACUCUUUCCAACUGUUGUCUGAGGCUGCAAAGGCAGGCGAGGCCGAGGAUGCUCUUUUCGAGGAACAGGUACAAGCCGUGAAGGAGUGGUGGGCAUCACCGCGGUACAAGGGCAUCAAGCGCCCAUAUUCUGCAGAGGAUGUCGUGAGCAAACGUGGAACGCUUCCUCAAUCAUAUCCUAGCUCCUUGAUGGCAAGGAAGCUCUUCAACCUGCUUGAGGAGCGGGCAGCAAAGGGCGAGCCAGUACAUACCAUGGGCGCAAUUGAUCCGAUUCAGAUGUCCCAACAGGCUGCAAACCAAGAAGUUCUCUACGUUUCAGGAUGGGCGUGCUCAUCCGUCCUAACCACCACGAACGAAGUCUCUGCCGACUUUGGCGAUUACCCAUACAAUACCGUUCCAAACCAGGUGCAGCGCCUGUUCAAGGCGCAGCAGCUGCACGACCGCAAGAACUGGGAUGCAAGGAGGAAGAUGACACCAGAGGAAAGGGCAAAGACUCCGUAUCUGGACUAUAUGCGUCCUAUCAUUGCCGACGGCGAUACUGGACACGGCGGUCUCUCAGCGGUCAUUAAGCUUGCCAAGCUAUUUGCGGAGAAUGGCGCUGCAGGAGUUCAUUUCGAGGAUCAAUUGCAUGGCGGCAAGAAGUGUGGACAUCUUGCAGGCAAGGUGCUUGUCCCCGUGGGCGACCACAUCAACCGCCUGGUAGCUGCACGAUUCCAAUGGGAUAUGAUGGGCUGCGAAAACCUCGUCAUUGCGCGUACAGACUCGGAGAGCGGCAAGCUCAUCUCCAGCGCAGUCGACGUACGAGAUCAUGAGUUCAUCAAGGGAGUCACGGAAGACACGGAGCCAUUGGCUGAGACUCUACAAAACAUGGAGGCGGCCGGCGCGCCAGGCAAGGAGAUUGAUCAGUAUGAAGCGGCGUGGGUGAAGAAGCACAAGCUUGUCACCUUUGACGAGGCCGUUGUUCAGCACCUUGAGAAGGAAGGCGCCUCCCAGUCCUCAAUCGACGCCUACCUCGACGAGAUGAAGCAGAACCCCAACUUUUCUCUCCUCAAGCGCCGACAAGCGGCAGAAAAGUACACAAAGACUCCAGUCUACUUCAACUGGGACAUUCCGCGCACAAGAGAAGGUUUCUACCAUUUCAAGAAUGGAGUCGCAGCAGCCACAAAGCGCGGCAAAGAGUAUGCACCCUACGCCGAUCUCUUGUGGGUUGAGACGGGUGACCCCAACGUCCAAGAGGCAGCCAGAUUUGCCGGCGAGAUCCGCGCCGUUUACCCUGGCAAGAAGUUUGUGUACAACCUUUCGCCCAGCUUCAACUGGAUGGGCCAUGGCUUCUCUGAAGAGGCACUCAAGUCCUUUGUGUGGGACUUGGCAAAGCACGGUUUUGUGUUCCAGCUUAUCUCGCUGGCCGGAGUACACUCUACGGCGACAAUCACAUGUGAGCUGAGCAGGGCCUUCAAGGACGAGGGAAUGCUGGCGUAUGUGAAGCUAGUACAAGCGCGAGAGAAGGAGUUGGGCUGUGAUGUUCUGACCCAUCAGAAGUGGAGCGGUGCCGGGUACAUUGACGGCAUUUUGGGUGCGAUACAAAGCGGAAGCUCAGGCAGUAAGAGCAUGGGCGAGGGCAACACGGAGACUAGUUUUUAA